GGUCCAGGAGCUGGAAAAGGCACACAGUGCGCAAAACUUGUCAAAGAGUUUGGUUAUGUUCAUCUCUCUGCAGGUGAUAUUUUGCGUGAUGAGCGGAACCGUCAAGAUUCUCCCUAUGGCGAAUUGAUCAAUCGCUAUAUCAAGGAAGGACAGAUUGUGCCUAUGGAGAUAACUAUUGCUUUACUUCAUGCUGCUAUGAAGCAAAGCGGUAGUAAACGGUUUCUUAUUGAUGGAUUCCCAAGAAAAAUGGAUCAAGCACUCAAGUUUGAAGAAAUGGUUUGCAAGAGUAAGCUGGUCAUGUAUUUUGAAUGCCCAGAGGAAGAAAUGCUCAAGCGUUUGCUUAAGCGAGGCGAGACGAGUGGGCGUGUCGAUGAUAAUCUUGAAUCAAUUAAGAAACGAUUCCAGAUUUUCCAUGAAACAAGCUACCCUGUGAUUGAGUAUUAUGCAGCUCUCGGAAAAGUUCAAAAGGUAGAGUAG